AUUCCAAACUUAGUUUGAACUCAGAGCGUGUGGCGAGCGGUACAUUUAUAAGUCCAUCCGGUGUUUUUAGUUAACUUUUUAUCGUUUUUAAAAAAUAAUAACCCCAAAUAGCGAGACACGUAUACUUUUGGGUUUUUUCGAAUAACGAUUCAUUCAAAAACUCUACAAACCACGUGUAUUACCAUAUAAUACCUUAUCGGUUUUGAAUAUAUACAGCGCCCUCGACAAAUGUGUGUGUUUGUGUACUGAAGAGCACUAUAAUAAGUGAAGCGCCGAACAAAACAGAACUGAAAUCGGAAAACAACAGAAAAAACCAUGUGGACUCAAACGAAGUGAACUGUAUUCGAAGCUCCACGCUGGCAUAAAGAGUGUGCUGAUAAAAAUAAAAUAAGAAAAGAUUAAAAUUCGAGAAAAGUACAAGGAAACCCCGAUAAAUGCAAUGGACUUGUGUACAUAAAAAAACAGUCAUAAUAAAUCGGAAAAGUUACCCUAAAAAUAUAAACCUCAAAGGGUUAUAGCAUCAACACAUUUUAAAAAUCAUUUUUAUCAAAAAAUGGCGCGAGUUCAGGCUAGCGAUUCUUUGAUACCCCGCCAGGUGUUCGAAGUUCCCCCUGCGGAACCCAAUAAUUCAAAUGCGGACAGCGGUAGUCAGGGUUCCGGGGUAAAGCUGAAGAAACAGAUCGGUCUGCUCGAUGGAGUUGCCAUCAUUGUCGGUGUCAUCGUUGGAUCCGGCAUCUUCGUCAGUCCCAAGGGUGUACUUCAGUACUCCGGCUCCAUCGGACAGUCCCUCAUCGUUUGGGUACUCAGUGGAGUACUCAGCAUGGUGGGAGCCCUAUGCUAUGCGGAAUUGGGCACCAUGAUACCCAAAUCAGGAGGAGAUUACGCUUAUAUAGGAACUGCAUUUGGCCCGCUGCCUGCAUUUCUUUAUCUGUGGGUGGCCCUGCUGAUUCUGGUGCCCACGGGUAAUGCGAUCACGGCACUAACCUUUGCUCAAUAUUUGCUGAAACCUUUUUGGCCGUCCUGCGAAGCGCCCAUCGAAGCGGUUCAGCUGCUGGCGGCUGCCAUGAUAUGUGUGCUGACGCUUAUCAAUUGCUAUAAUGUGAAGUGGGUGACACGUGUGACGGACAUCUUUACGGGCACUAAGGUGGUUGCACUGCUGGUGAUCGUCGGCGCCGGAGUCUGGUGGUUGUUUAAUGGAAAUACAGAGCACUGGGAAAAGCCGUUCUCUGGCGGUAUUCAGGAUGCCGGCUUUAUUGCAUUGGCCUUCUAUAGUGGCCUGUUUUCAUACUCUGGAUGGAAUUACCUGAACUUCGUAACUGAAGAGCUCAAGGAUCCGUACCGAAAUCUUCCCAAGGCCAUUUGUAUCUCCAUGCCGGUGGUGACGAUUAUCUACAUGAUCACAAACAUUGCAUACUUUUCGGUGCUAUCAACCGAUGAGAUUCUAUCGUCAGAUGCAGUUGCGGUCACCUUUGGCGAUAAGAUGCUGGGCUUUUUGUCCUGGAUUAUGCCUUUCGCAGUGGCCUGCUCUACAUUUGGAUCGUUAAAUGGAGCAAUAUUCGCGUCCUCCAGACUUUUCUUCGUGGGUGCCAGAAAUGGCCACCUGCCAGCUGCCAUUUCGCUUAUCAACGUUAAUUGCCUGACACCUGUGCCUUCGCUGAUAUUCCUGGGACUAAUCACCUUGCUGCUGCUGUACAUCAAAGACAUAUACGUACUGAUUAACUAUGUCAGUUAUGUGGAGGCAUUGUUCACUUUGAUCUCUGUAUCCGGAUUGCUGUGGAUGCGGUAUAAGCAACCCAAGACAGAGCGACCCAUCAAAGUCAACUUGGCACUGCCCGUCAUCUAUCUGAUCGUCUGCCUGUUCCUGGUGAUCUCAUCGUGCACGCAAACGCCGUUUGUUGUGGGAAUAGGAACUAUCGUUAUACUGUCUGGUGUUCCUGUUUACUAUCUUACCAUUCACAAUCCGGUCAAAUGGCUGGCGGACACCUCGCAAGCCAUUAAUCUUUGGUGUUCCAAGUUCUUCCUAUGUAUGCCCAAUCAAGAGAAGUUUGACUAGGAUUGCAUCUAAGAUUUGGAGAGAGAGAGUGCCUUUUGUGGAUGUAUCGAUCAACGAAACUAUCGAAGGGGAUAUCUUGUAGUUAGCCUAAGUCUCAACUUACAAAUAAGAUAGGUUAGCAACGCGAAAUUCGGCAACCUACGCACAACAUUACAAAAGUGUUAUUGUAAAUAACUCAAAUGCAUUCUGGUGGGGCAGUCCCUGCUCAAUUUAUUAUUAUUGAAUAUUUGCUAAUUUUAUUAUUAUUGUAUAUUUCAAAACCCCCUCAAAAAAAAUGAGUUCCUCGUCUAUUGCAGAAAGUUAAGACAUGCCAAACAUGUCGAUUAUACAAAAUGCGAACCAAUUUUUACAUAUUAUACAAGUAAUUAGGAGCUUAUUUAGUAAGUAAUAAUUAUUAUUGAAGCAACUUUUGCGAAAUGUAAAAAUCGAAUUUGUUUUGUAUAAGAAAGUUAAAAAUAAACAAUUUAAAUUUA